UCUCUAGGUGUGAAUAAGCUUUGCAGAAGACCAGAACCAGAGUUAUUAACAUUAUAUGCAAAAAUCAUAAAGUAAAAUUAGUUGCUCGGGAAAUGGAAGGUUGGCUUUGCCGCCACUAGCCAUUUGGUAGCAUGUCCUCCAUCUCUCCCGCCCUCUCGAAGCUCCAACGCUGCUCCUCCUCCUCUCCACUACCUCCCUCCGACCAACGAACCCUCGCCCUCCUCCUCCUGGACCCCAUCAACUCCACCCACCUACCCCAAAUCCACGCCCGAAUCUUCCGUCUCGGCGCCCACCAAGACAACCUCAUCGCUACCCGCCUCAUCGGACGCCUCCACAUCCCCCUCUCCCUCCGCAUACUCCGCCUCCUCGAUAAGCCCAGCAUCUUCCCAUUCAACGCCGCCAUCCGUGUCCUCUCCGAUGCCGGCCUCCCCCUUCCUGCCCUCUCCCUCUUCAAGUCCCUCAUGCUCCGCUCCCUUUCCCCCAAUGACUUCACCUUCUCGUUCCUCCUCAAGGCCUGCAUAUCCUCCAAAGAGGCUCACCACGUCCGGCAAAUCCAUACCCAUGUCAUCAAAACGGGGUUCGGUUCGAAUUCUUUCGUCUCCAGUGGGCUUCUCUCUGCCUAUGUAAAGGGUGCAGAGGAUGUUGUAUCGGCGCAUAGAUUGUUUGAUGAAAUGCCGGAGAGGAAGUUGGUUUGUUGCUGGACCUGUUUGGUUGCUGGAUAUGCUCAAUCUGGAAGGUCGGAGGAAGCUUUGAAGCUUUUUCUGAGAAUGGUGAAGGAGAAUUUGAGGCCGGAGGAUGAUACCAUGGUAAGCGUCCUGUCUGCAUGUUCAAACCUCAAGGCUGUAGAUCUUGAGAACUGGGUGAAUAUAUUCAUGGAAUUUGGCGUCAGUCCUGAUAAUGUUUCAUGUGAUUCACUGAACACUGUUCUUAUUUAUCUGUAUGGAAGGUGGGGGAAGAUUGAGAAAGUUAAAGAAUUAUUCGAUAGGAUGAUUGGGAGAGGAAGGGAAACUGUAAGCAUUGUGGCAUGGAAUGCCAUGAUCGGUGGGUAUGUCCAAAACAGUCUGCCGAUUGAGGCUUUGGAUCUUUUUCAUAAAAUGCUUGCUGUUUCGAGACCCAAACCUAACCAUGUUACGAUUGUUAGCGUGCUCUCAGCUUGUGCUUUGGUGGGUGAUUUGGAACUUGGGAGAUGGGCUCAUGAAUAUGUGAAAUUGAAUGGUUGUAAAGGGGUUCUCGAAUCAAAUAGGAUUCUAGCAACUGCUUUCAUAGACAUGUAUUCCAAGUGUGGGAGUUUGGAGGAGGCUAAGAAGGUAUUUGAUGGAAUGGCCAUAAAGGAUGUGGUCUCUUUCAAUGCCAUGAUCAUGGGUCUUGCCACAAAUGGUCAAGGAGAAGAGGUUCUGAGGCUCUUCUCUGAAAUGGAGAAGUCUGGUGUACAGCCCAAUGAUGGGACUUUCUUGGGUUUACUGUGUGCAUGCACCCAUUCAGGAUUGGUGGAUGAAGGGCAAAUGCUUUUCAAAGAUAUGUACCAGAAGUAUUUAGUCACACCAAAUUUAGAACACUAUGCCUCUUUUGUCGAUCUCCUUGCACGGGCCAGCCAUGUUGAAGAGGCUCUUGAGGUUGUUAAGACUAUGCCAAUCAAGCCUAAUGGCCUUGUGUGGGGUGCAUUGCUAGGAGCAUGCUUGGUUCAUUCAAGAGUUGAUGUCGCUCAAGAUGUAGCCAGAAAACUUGUUGAUGUGGACCCUGAAAACUCUGCUGGUUAUGUUAUGUUGUCUAAUGCAUAUGCAAUCCAUCAUAGUUGGGGCAACAUUGUCAAGUUGAGAGAAUUGAUGAAGGUGAGAGGCAUCAGAAAGCAACCAGGUUGCAGUUGGAUCAGUGUCAAUGGAGUUGUGCAUGAAUUUCAAGUGGGAUCUAUAUCACACCCUCAAUUAGAGAAGUUGCACUGUCUGUUGGCUUCUUUGUCUCAGGAAAUGAAAUUGAUGGGUUGUUAGAUGGAAAGAGUCUACUGAAGGUUGGGUACAAAUGAGCAUAGAAGUGGAUUCACAGGGAUGCUAUCAACUCCAAAGCAGUCUCUUUGGUGUCAACAAAAUGCCUUUUGAACAUCAACUUGCUUUUGAGAAAAUCUGAAUUCCUAGACCCUGCAAAUACAAAGCUUCCUCAAGAUUAUCUUUAUCCCACCGGCUUAGAGCCAAAAUCCUUGGGAAGUCAUACAUGACAAAGUGGUUGGUCUACUUUGAUUCGAAGCGGCUGCACUGCAUCGAGUGAUGAAGCUGUAAUCUAGAUACUGAAUUCUUCUGCAAGAGGAUAGCUUUGGCAGCCUGGGUGGUGGAGCGGAAGGGUGGGACUCCCUCAAAGGCUGUUAGGCCAUUUUCCAAUGGAACCAACGGAGCAUCCAGCAGCUUCCUUCUGCCUGCAUGGUAAAAAGUUCCGAGGUGGGAGGAUUUCAGAUCAUCUAAGGUGUGCAACGCAUGGAUCACCACAUCACCAUUCAUCUGGGAAACUGAGCACUCUCUCUCACUUGGGAAACUGAGCUCUCUGCAUCAUGAGGCGUUCAUCAUUCUUUUUCACUGCUUGGGCAUGCAUCUUUUAAUUGGUCAUGGAUCUUAACCUUUAUAUUGAUACUUAAAAGUGCUGACAGAAUAUAAUUUGAUUUGCUUUACCAGAAUAAGCUGCAUCAGAUUUUAGACUUUG